CGUGAUUUCCCUUUGUCUAGUAUGCAGAUUGUCUCCCUCGCUCCCUAGCUUGCCUAGAAUCGGGCUCAGCAAGUGAGCCUGCUAGAGUCAACUUAUUCUUCUUGCUGCCACAUCCGGGGCUUGAGGAUGAGAGAGGCAAAGGAGAGAGUAUGAGCAGAACUCUGGUGCAUCUACCACCGUUAAGCUAGGGGAAGCAACUCUUCUGCUUGUUCAUUGCCCCGAAGGCAUUUUCCAUUUCAUGGGCCCUCCCGCUCCAUAUCCCUCACCUUUUGCCCCUCAGUUUCAGCUCUGGCCCCUAGGGAAGCGUCCCUGGCUGCGGGGCUGACAACGUUUUGGGGGCAGGGGGUCUUGUUCUCUGUGCUCCAGCCCAUCUGUGCGCGGAGCCUCAUUCCCGGGCUCCCGGAGCCCGGCGGGCAUUGACGUCAAACGGCAGCGGAGCGCUGCCUACAGACGGCUGACCCGGGCUCUUCUCCACACCCCCGUCCUUCUUCUCCCCCUCCCUUUUCCCGGCACCCGAUUUCAACCGGCUAUAAGAAGAGGGAGAGCGCAGUGCCCGAGCAGCGAGGAAGUCCAGCACCAUGGAGAGCUCCCGCCUGCGGCUGCUACCCGUCCUGGGCGCCGCCCUACUGCUGCUGCUACCUUUGCUGGGUGCCGGUGCCCAGGAGGAUGCCGAGCUGCAGCCCCGAGCCCUGGACAUCUACUCUGCCGUGGAUGAUGCGUCCCAUGAGAAGGAGCUGAUUGAAGCGCUGCAGGAAGUCCUGAAGAAGCUCAAGAGUAAACGCAUUCCGAUCUAUGAGAAGAAGUACGGCCAAGUCCCCAUGUGUGACGCUGGAGAGCAGUGCGCAGUGCGGAAAGGGGCCAGGAUCGGGAAGCUGUGUGACUGUCCCCGAGGAACUUCUUGCAAUUCUUUCCUCUUGAAGUGCUUGUGAAGGGGUGACAGCCUCCUUCGGUUCCCAUAUUUCCUCUUUCCCCUAAAGGAGCGCUCUUUUGUCCCUGGAGCCGCUUUAACAACAAUAAAGUUUGCGUUCCCCCCAGAGAGUGGAUGGGCUCUUUCCCUGCUGCUUCAAAAUAAAAGAUUUGAUGUUAUUGUGUGAAGGACAA